GAUUCAGAAUGUAAAGUCCAAUCCCCAUUUCACUUCUAUCCAUUAGCUAAAUCCGUUUAUGGCGGAAGAACACAAAACGCAUUCCACCACCCAACAACAAAAAAAUCCCACAUCACAGUUCCAAUUCUUCAAACACCCUUUCGGAUUCGGAUUCACACCUCCAAUUAACCAACCAAUUUAAAUAAAUAUAUAUUUAAAAAAAAAACAACACCACCAUGGCCACAGACGCAAAAACACCAACACCAGCAGCAAAAUUUCAGAACGCAGAGUUUCGGGAAUUAACGGCGCCGUUAACCUCCCAAGACGGCCUCCGUUUCUGGCAGCUAAUGAUCUCCGGUUCCGUCGCUGGCUCCGUCGAACACAUGGCCAUGUUCCCCGUCGACACUGUCAAGACCCACAUGCAAGCCCUAGGCACCUGUCCGCUCAAACGAAACGUCACCGUUUCGCAAGCCCUAAGAACCAUCAUCACGUCGAACGGAGGGCCCAUCGCUCUCUACCGCGGAAUCGGCGCAAUGGGCCUGGGCGCAGGUCCGGCCCAUGCCGUCUACUUCUCCUUCUAUGAAACCUGCAAGACCUUCUUCUCGCGCGGGAACCCUAACAAUUCAUUGGCGCACGCUGUUUCCGGUGUAUGCGCCACUAUUGUGAGCGAUGCAGUGUUCACGCCGAUGGACAUGGUGAAGCAGAGGCUUCAGCUGAGUGGUGCGAAUGGUUAUCGUGGUGUCUGGGACUGUGUGAAGAGGGUGAUGAGUGAGGAAGGGUUUGGUGCUUUCUAUGCUUCGUAUAGGACCACUGUGUUGAUGAAUGCUCCUUUUACCGCGGUCCAUUUCGUUACUUAUGAGGCUGCCAAACGCGGCCUUAUUGAGGUGGCGACGCCGGAGAGCGCCGAGGACGAACGGUUGGUUGUCCAUGCGACUGCUGGUGCCGCUGCCGGUGCUUUGGCCGCAGCGGUUACUACUCCACUUGAUGUUGUUAAAACUCAGUUACAGUGUCAGGGUGUCUGUGGAUGCGAUAGGUUCGAAAACGGUUCAAUUGCAGAUGUUUUAAAAACAAUAGUGAAAAAGGAUGGAUACAGAGGGCUCAUGCGAGGAUGGAUUCCAAGGAUGCUGUUCCAUGCUCCUGCAGCUGCAAUCUGCUGGUCGACGUACGAGGCAGGGAAGUCCUUUUUCCAAGAAUUAAAUCAGAGUAAAGACAGCAGCACUAUCAUAUGAACAAAUGGAGUUAGAAUAUCCCUUGUUCUGUGUUUAGAUUAUGGUUAGUUUAUUUGUCAACAUCAUUAGUAAAGAGCUUCUUCAAUCAGGGGCAUGGCCUAGCUUUUCAAGUCCAGUGGAACCCUGAAGGAUUGCAUAAUUAUGAGGCAGGCGUUAGCUUAAGUUAGGGGGUGCAUUCUUUUUAGUAUUGUACACCCUGCCAAUUUUGAUUAAUUAUUCUUACAAUUAUAUUUUUAUUAUUUUUGUUUAGCUCAUUGUAAUAUUUAUACCUUUUACCACAAGGUUAUUCCUUGAAUACAUCCCCUAUCCCACGCUUAUAGCAAAUCCAUAGUUUAAGGAUUCAUGAUAAUGCAUUUGUUUCUUUACCUUUGUAUUAUUAACAUUUGAUCAGAAGGACUGUCAUAUUCUGGAACUUUAAGGGAUUCACUUUUAUGGCAA